AUGUUAGGUUUACCAUUUCUGUUUGGUGUCAAUGUACAAUCAAAGCCAUACAUGUUGGUCACUGAAUUUUAUGGAAUUGGUGGACAGUGUGUUACCAUUGGCCGUGCAGGAAAGAAACUCUCUUUAGAAGCAAAGGAAUGGGCAUUCAUCCUGGAGAAAUGUGCAGGUGCUCUUGCUCACAUUCCUGAAAAAGGUUUAAUUCAUUGCGAUAUUAAACACAAUAAUAUUAUCUUGAAGAACAGCGCAGACGUUCGCGAACCGGUAAUUAUUGAUUUUGGAAAAAUGAAAAAAGCUGAAAGUGCUAAAAUUUGUACAGCCAGCACAUCUACUCAUUUGGCCAAAUAA